CAACUGCUGCUAUUGUAUCAUGGGGUAUCACAAUAUUACUUCCAAUUUUUUAAAUUUUAUGGAAGGGGUGUUUUAUAACACAGAUUUUUGAUAUUUCGUUUCCUUUAAUCGCUUCUGGAACAUCUGCUGUUCAUAUAUUUCGCUGGACAUAUUCAAGAAUAUGUGGAACUACUUGCUCAAUUCGUAUUGGAGUGAAAGCUUUUGGCUGCCAGCUAAUGUCACAUGGAAAGAUUUUCAGUCCAGUGAAAACAUGACUAUGCCUCAACCAAGCGAUCUCAAAAUAAUACCGCUUUUAACUAUACUUUUAAUAGUUACUCGAAUUUUUUUUGAAAGAUACAUUGGUUAUCACAUCUCACUAUUCAUUGGUGUUCCUGACAUAAAGAGAAAAAUGGCUGAACCAAACAAAAUACUUGAAAAAGUGUUCAAUACAAUAUGCAGGACACCAGAUAAAGAAAGAACUCGAGGACUUGCCAUGGAGUUGAAAUGGACUGAAAAACAAGUUAAACAAUGGUUUUACCUUAGAAGAAAUAUCAAGAAACCAACAAUAAUGAAGAAGUCAACUGAAAGCUGUUGGAGAUUUAUGUUUUAUUUUACUGCAUUUUAUACUGGACUCUAUCUUUUACACAAAGAGAAGUUUUUCUUUGACACACGUCAUGCCUGGUACAACUACCCUUACUAUAAUAUCAAAGCAUCAAUUUAUUAUUACUACAUGGUUGAAGCUUCGUUUUACACAUCGUUGAUAUUUUCUCAGUUUAUGGAUGUAAGAAGGAAAGAUUUCUGGCCAAUGUUUAUUCAUCACAAUGCAACGGUUGUCUUAAUCGUCAUGUCCUAUGUGACUAACCAUAUUCGUAUUGGUUGUCUUAUAAUUCUUGUACAUGAUUCAGCAGAUUAUUUUUUUGAGGCUGCCAAAGUUUUUAACUACGGCAAAAUGCAAAGAACUUGUGAUGUUCUUUUUGCACUUUUUGCUAUCAUAUUUUGUAUCAGUCGUUUGGUCAUAUACCCUGGAUGGAUUUUAAACACAGUAUUAUUUGAAGCAAGAGAGAUUGUUGGCCAUUUUAACUCUUGGUAUCCGUUUGUCAUUCUCCUUUCACUACUUCAGAUUCUUCAUUUCUUUUGGGCUUUCUUUGUUGUUCGUGUUGUGUAUACUUCUAUUGUUGAAGGAAAGGUCGACGGAGACGCGCGCAGUGAUAGUGAAGAAUCCGAGGAAGAAGAUUCGGAUGGUAAAGAAGCCCGUCCGGACACCAAGAUCAUUCAGAAUGGCAAGAAAAAGUUGUAAGUUUUUAGAUUGUAUAAAGAAAACAUUAAAGUUAUAGUUUAAAGAUUAUGUUCUUUCAAUUGUAUAAAGACGAUGUUAGAGCUUUAUAUCAUUGCCACUUGAUUAUUAAAAGGAAAUUGAUUGUUUUAUCAUUUUAUAUAUUUUAUUUGUACCAUAAAAGGGACAUGUUUUCAUUUUCGUGGUUAUGUAUUAUCUAUUAGCACGAUUGUUUUCAAAAAAUCUGUAGGUAUUUAUAAUAUUCUUUUGUUUUAAAAAUAAAAGCUAGAUUUUAUGGCAUAUAAACUCAA